UCAUUGUCGGUCUUUAAUUAUAAACUUGACAAAACCCAGUCUGGAUCUUUGACUUGGCGCUGCAGGCAAGCCGGCAAAUUCAAGAAUUUAAAAUCCCGGAAUACAUCCAUACCACAUUCCAGACGGCCAUCAUCCAUUGCCGUUUUUCCCGUGGUAAUCCCCAAUGAAACUCCAAUUAUGCAUACUUCUGAUCUUGAUUUCAGUUUCCAUCAACUCUAAAACAAUUUCUGCUAAUUUCUUCCGCAACAUCACUUCCAUCCCUUCCUCUCUAAUCCCGAACGCCACAAUCUGGGAUGCUUUCGCCAAUCUUGUCGGCUCCAAGAAGGGCCGGAAAGCCGACGGCUUGGCCAAGCUGAAAAGAUACUUUCAGCAUUUCGGCUACCUCGAUAACUCCUACUCCGAUUUCUCCGACGAUUUCGACGAUUUCCUCGAAUCCGCCGUCAAAACUUACCAGAUUAAUUUCAACCUCAAUGCCACCGGGGAACUAGACGUACAAACCUUAAAGCGCAUCGUACUGCCCAGAUGCGGGAAUCCUGAUAUCGUCAACGGUACUUCCACUAUGCAUUCAGGAAAACCGCCUCCAGAUCCCUCCGGUCCCAACACUACGGUUCGUACAGUUUUGCAUUAUUCCUUCUUCCCCGGCCGGCCGCGUUGGCCGCCGAGUCGGACAGAGCUCACCUACGCGUUCCUGCCGGAGAAUCAGCUCUCCGACGAAGUCAAGAUCUUGUUCAGUCGAGCAUUCGAGCGGUGGUCGGAAGUCACGACGUUGACUUUCACGGAGGUACCUUCGUUCCGUCGGGCGGAUAUUCAGAUCGGCUUCUUUAGCGGGGACCACGGCGACGGCGAGCCGUUCGACGGGGUUAUGGGGACGUUAGCACACGCGUUUUCUCCGCCGAGCGGCAAAUUUCAUAUGGACGGCGACGAGAAUUGGGUGAUCGACGGCGACUUCCUGAACGGGGCUCCGCCGACGGCGGUGGAUUUGGAGUCGGUUGCGGUCCACGAAAUCGGGCAUAUACUCGGGUUGGGUCAUAGCUCGGACGAGAGAGCGAUUAUGUACCCGUCCAUCUCGUCGGGCACCCGGAAAGUGGAGCUGGCAAACGACGACAUUUUGGGGAUCCAAGAGCUAUACGGGUCAAAUCCUAAUUAUAAUGGGUCGGUUUCGGAUUUGAACCCGGGAAGAGAGAGGGAAUCCAGCGGAGCCGGUCCUCUGCACCACCCUCUGUGGCGGUGGGAAGUCCCGUAUGUUGUUGGAACCCUAGCUGCAGUAGUAUUCUUUUCAUUAUUUGUGUAGAAAAAUUAAGGUAGGAUUUUGAAUAUGAAGUUUUAUUUUAUGUUGGACA